AUGGAGCAAAAAUUUCACAAGCCCGAAGAUGGUUGUUUCCAGGCUAGACUUGCCGACUGUGGAUCGAUUAUAUCGGGCGAGAAGGAGGUUGGGUUUGCAUCGCUGUUCCCUACAACAAGUGACCCCUUUGGAGACGACGGAGAUGCUGGUGUCAAGUAUGAAACAAUGGCCUGGUGGCAAGCUGGGAUGAUUAUGAUCGCAGAGACCAUCUCACUUGGAAUCCUGGCACUUCCCAAAGCCCUGUCCAUAUUGGGUCUUUUCCUCGGCAUCUUGACAAUUCUGGGGGUGGGAGUCAUCUCCACGUACACCGGCUAUACCAUCAAACAACUGAAGCGGUGUUAUAUGCAGAUUCACAGCAUGGCUGAUGCAGGCGACCUCUUGAUGGGAAAAUUAGGGCGCCGAUUUCUGGGUCUAGCCCAGCUCCUGUUUUACAUCGUGAUAGGAAGCCAUAUUCUGACCUUUUCCAUUAUGAUGAACGUCCUCACAGAACAUUCAAGCUGCACCCUCCUAUACUCUUCUGUGGGAUUGCUGAUCUCCUUCUUCUUGACACGUCCUAGUCGUCUGGAACGACCCUCUCGUCUAUCUGCUAUGAGCUUUGUGAGCAUAACUGCAGCAGUGAUCACUAGCAUGAUCGGUGCCUCCGUCUCGAAGGGAUCUACUAGUCACAUUUUCCUUUUCUCCUCGGCUCCCGCUGUGCCUGACGCGUGUCUAGCGAUUGCCAAUUUUGUCUUUGUAUAUGCGGGCCAUGUCGCCUUCUUCACACUUUUUUCGGAACUUCGAGAUAUUAAAGAUUUCCCCAAAGCCCAGGCACUGCUGCAGAUCACAGAAAUGAUCUUUUACAGUAUCAGUGCAAUUGUGAUAUAUGCCUACGUUGGAUCUGCAUUGGCAUCCCCUGCUCUCAACUCCGCUGGCAAGCUUUCCCGCAAAAUCUCAUAUGUAAUCGCGAUUCUCACCGCAGCCUGGGCUGUCAUUUGUAUCACUCUAUGGGUUGUGUCCUGGGAGAUUGCGGAAGGAAUUCCUAUCUUCAAUGACAUCUUGGGACUGGUGACUGAUAUCUGCCAGAGCUCCUUGUUUGCCACUUGGUUUUCAUUUGGACUGCCAGGGAUGUUUUGGUUGUUUCUGAAUCGAAAUCGAGGGUUCCUGUCCUGGAGACAGAUGAUUCCGUUCGGCAUCAAUGUCUAUCUUGUUCUUCUUGGGUUGAUCAUUUGUGUGAUCGGGCUAUACUCUCCUGUUCGGUCAAAUUUCUAUAACCUGCAGAAAGGGGUUGGGGAGGCAGUUUCUCGCGUGCCGAUAACUCAUUACUCUGAGUAA